AUGCGUUAUCAAAUUCUUGCAGAUAAUUGCAGACAGUAUAAUUUGCCAUAUUUAAAGAACAAGUUCGUGAAUGAUGAAUGUUCAAUUUGUAUAGAAAAAUUUAACGUAAAAACAUUUGUCUGCGAAUUGAAGUGCAAACACGCAUUCCACAUUGCGUGUAUAACGAAGUGGUCUAAAAAUAAAGAAACAUGUCCUUUGUGUCGGGAAGUUACGAGUAUCCAUUUUUAUUUUACGUUCCAUUGUGACGUAAAAUUUAAAAAGGACAAAAAAAAACUUUAUCUUAGGGUGGCCAGUGGUCCUAGAGGUUUAAUUUAA